UUGCAGUGCGGCCAUGGCUGAGCGGCAGGCGCGCCACGCAUCAAACUCAAUCGAGUUGAUAGAGUUCACAGAGUAUAAACAGAAGGAAAAUGACUUGUCGGCCGUCAGCGUCCUACAUAUCAGCGAGCAAUGCGAUGGCGAAGGGUUCUGCGUCGAGACCUCCGAGCUUCGCGUCAAGUCCAGCGUCGCCCGCGCCUCUUCCGGCGGCUGCGAAACCGAGGACGACCUGUGGUUCGAGGAGUCCAUCCGGGCGACCGCGCUGCAGGUGUUCGUGCCUUUUCUGGCGGCCGGCUUCGGCACGGUAGGUGCGGGACUCCUGCUCGACAUGGUGCAGCACUGGCCCGUCUUCCAGAACGUCACCGAGCUGUUCAUUCUGGUGCCAGCGCUUCUGGGCCUCAAGGGAAACCUUGAGAUGACCAUGGCGGCCCGCAUGUCCACUCAGGCCAACCUGGGCAACAUGGACACGCUGCGCGAGCAGUGGAAGUCGGCCAGCGGCAACAUGGCGCUGGUGCAGUGCCAGGCCACGGUGGUGUCGCUGCUGGCGUCGCUUUUCGCCGUCAUGAUGGGCUUCAUCACGGAGCGCCACUUCGACAUGCGCAACGCGCUCAUGCUGUGCGCCAGCAGCUUGGUCACGGCGAGCGUGGCCAGCCUGGUGCUCGGUUCGGUCAUGAUCGGCGUGGUCAUCCUGUCGCGCAAGCACCACAUCAACCCGGACAACGUGGCCAUCCCCGUGGCCGCCUCGCUGGGGGACCUGACCACGCUGGCGCUGCUCGCCGGCGCCGGGUCGCUGCUGUUCGGCGGCACCGAGGACGUGCGCCUGUACCUGUGCGUGGUCAUCUUCUUCCUGCUGUUCAUCCCGCUCUGGGUGCUCAUCGCGCGCAGCAACGCCUACACUUCGUCCGUGCUGUGCAGCGGCUGGAUACCCAUCAUCUCGGCCAUGGCCAUCUCCAGCCUCGGUGGUUCUAUACUGGAUAUGACGGUGCCGACAUUCGAGAAUCUGGCCGUUUUCCAGCCAGUCAUCAGCGGUGUGGCGGGGAACCUGGUGGCGAUCCAGACGAGCCGCCUGUCUACCUUCCUACACCAGCGCACCAAGAUCGGCGCCCGACCGCUACUGCAGGCCGGAGGCGGCAUCUGCCUCGAUCCGUGCUCGGCCUUCUUCGGCAAGGGCCGCAACGCGCGAACCGCGCGCGUCCUCAUGAUGAUGGUCCUCCCCGGCCACCUGGUGUUCACCUACACCAUCAGCUUCGUGCGGCCCAGCCACAUGGCCGUCACGCCCGUCUUCCUGCUCGUCUACUUCUCGUCGGCACUGCUCCAGGUGUUCCUGCUGCUGUACCUGUCGCGGUGCAUGGUGUACUGGAUGUGGGCCCGCCAGAUCGACCCGGACAACGCCGCCAUCCCCUACUUGACCGCACUGGGAGACCUGCUGGGCAUCGGCCUGCUCGCGCUGUCGUUCCACUUGCUGCGCGCCUUGGGAGACGCCAACGCCAUGCCGCAACAAUUGGCCGACACGGACGGGCCGACAGAAAUGGCCGACAUAGCGCUGACAGCGGCUGACGCGGUUUCAUUGCGGGCGCUGUCGUGAACCCAACGGAACGGCGUCUGCUCCAGCAGAAUUCUUCUAUCGUGUACCAUACGCGCGAAUCUCCGCUUCAAAAUUCAGCCAUUUCCGGCGAACUAUCUUCAGGCGAGAUAUAUGGACAUUGUAUAUACUUUGUUGAGAGAUUGUUGAGGAGGGUAUAUAUAUACUUUGUUAAGUAUCUUGUCAGGUAGGCGUGAGAAAUCUGCAGAAGGACGAAGCGAAUGGUGUGGAACAGCUUUAGGACAGAUAAAGAACCGCGUGAUCGAGUGCAGCACUGUUCACCGUGCAAGCGCGCCGCAUGCUCUCUUGACGCAGUGUCUCGAAUUGUUCAGUAAGAAAUGUAGUUCGAGCGAGCGGCGUCCACAAAAAGCAGUUUCAGCAUCUGAGUCUGGCUUCGCGAACAGCAGAGCUACUGUGGCACGAGCUGCUGUCGUGGUUACCAAACAUUGUAACACCCUGUAUACCCGUGGGUUCUUUUAUAUCCUUUUGAGCGCUGGAACCAAACAUCCCGUUUAAGCACAUCGGAACUUGUAGAUUUCCUUCGUCUGUGACAUGCUCUGUGACGUCUGCGACAUGCUCGACGAGAAAGGGCUGUAGAUUUGUCGUGUGGUAAAACAAUUGUUUCUACGA